AUGGAGGACGUGCCCGAGAAGCCUCAACAUGCUGAAGUCGAUGUUGCCGACAAAAACGAUGCUGUCAAAGACAUCGUCCCAGGCACCGUGAUGCCCGCGCUCACAGAUACCACUAAUAUUCCCACGACAACAAAAUGGGAGAUCCGCGCCUGGUAUGCUUACUACAUUGGAGCCAAUGGCCUGUCGCUGUUCAACUUUGGCCCAACGGCCUUCCAGAACUUGAUUGACCAGGCUGCUGGCGGCGAGACGGGAUUGCUGUACUUUAUGGGCAGGAUGCGCGACCCCAACUCCGUCGUGCUCUUGGCAAACGGCGUCUCGUUUGCGAUCCAGGCUGUUCUUUUCCUCAUCAUUGGAGCAUAUGCCGACUUUGGAACCGGUCGACGCUGGGUUCUGCUCGUCUGGUCCGUCAUUGCGUUUGCCAUUGGCUUUGCCUGGUUGGGCGUGCACGAUGCGAGCCACUGGGAGACGGCGGCUGGCCUUUACAUUGUCGGACUCAUCGGCUACCAGCUUACGCUUACCUAUUGGACAGCCGCAUUUCCAUCCCUUGCGCGAAACACAACUUGGAUCAAGGACUCUAACACGGCGUACCAGAAUGGCGAAAUCACCCUCGCUGAGCUCGAUCGACGCGAUGAGAUGGAGCGCAGCCGUCUCAGCAAUACUUCUUUCUUUAUUCAGUCCGUUACGGAGAUCCUCAUCCUCGCUGCCAUCGUAGGAGUCAUGUAUGCAGUCCAUGUCGACGACGGAACGGUCGAAAGCAACAACUGGGGCCUGUCCAUUCUCAUCGCCUUCGCAACGGGAGUCUGGCUACUCGUCUCGCUGCCAUGGUUCUUCCUUGAACAGACAAGGCCUGGAAUGCGCAUCCCUAAGGGCCUCAACAUCGUCACUGUGGGCCUGUGGCAGCUUAAGGAGGCAUUCUUGCAAAUCUGGCAGCUCAAGCAGAGUCUCAUCUUCCUUGCAGGCUAUUUCCUGGUAGGUGACUCGCUCAACACCACUGUCACUGUCAUCGCUACACUGCAAAACGCCAUUGUUUCAUACAAUACGCUCAAGCUCACGUAUCUGCUCAUUGUUGGUAUUGCAACGCAGGCAAUAGGCAUCGGUGGGUUCUGGCUCAUACAGAAAAAGUUUAACCUAUCUGCAAAAACCAUGUUCAACGCCAUCAUGGUUGCCAUCGUCCUUCUCGAUGGCUGGGGCAUCAUUGGCAACUGGACCGACAAGUUUGGCUUUCACAAUGAGUGGGAAGUCUGGCUGUACCAGGCCUAUUAUGGACUCUUUGUCUGCCCAUGGUACAGCUACUCCCAGAUCAUGAUUAGCUCCGUCACUCCGCGCGGGCACGAAUUUCUCUUCUUCUCUGUCUUCAACAUUAUCGGCAAGGCGUCUAGCUUUAUUGGUCCUUUGAUCAGUAGCGCCAUCAUUGAUGCCACUCCUGGCGGCACCAACAACAGCGCGCCGUUUUACUUUUUAUUCGCAUUGACGCUGGUAAGCGCCAUCGGCCUAUGGACCUUUUUGGAUCUGGAAAAGAGCGCGAGAGAGCAGGAAGUUUUCUUGGCCGAGGAGAAGAUACGCAUGGGCGACUCGGAGAGCUCUAGAUCAUGA